CAAGGCACUCCGCUCUGCAAAUGGGAUUAUUUCUCCUCGUCGUCUCAGAUAAAGUUUCUUCCUAACUAGAACUGACCAAGAACUUAGUAAAUAUUCAGAACUUUCUGUGAGGGGACGGACAUCACAAUCAAACCUUAUUGAGUAGGACUAGGAGCAUCAGCAGAAAUGAUCCUCAGCGCUCAAAAUAUUACGGCCACAGAGGGCAGCACAGUAACCCUGCAGUGUCAUCUGCCCAUAGGUGGCACCACAGUCACCCAGGUCAACUGGAACUACUGCAACAACGUGCACAUCGCGUUUCAUGUCAGUAACUAUGACAUCGAAGGGAUGGUGCCCAACGAGUUCUCAGACCGCGUGUCCUUAGCAAAGGAUUAUGGGAUUACUAUACAAGGCGUCAGGAGGAACGAUAGCGGGCAGUACUGCUGCAUCUUCAACACCUUCCCGCUUGGCAAGUUUACUGGCAAGAUUUACCUACAGGUUUUAUCUCCAGACACUUGGUUACAUAAUCCUUAUUUGUGGAUCGGCUCUGCACUCGGGGUCCUUCUUGUGGUCGCUGCUAUAGGUGCCGGGAUCUUCUAUUACAAGAAAAACAUUAAGACCUUCUACACCAAUAUCACCCCCUCAAGAGCGAAAUCAGGAGGAUCAAAUCCGGCCCCGAUCCUAACACCAUCCAAUCGGCCCCCGAACGGGUCAACAAAUGAAGAGAAGGAAAACAAUGAAUAUUUUAAUAUCAUCUUGUAUAACAUGUAAAAUGCUGGAAGGAAGAAGAAGUGUGAGUGACUCAUAAUUUGUAACCCCGUUUCUUCUGAGUAUGGAAAUAACCCAUAUGUGGAUGUAAAG